UUUGCCUUGCCUUGCCUUUCUAUGGUUUUGGGGGGUUCAUGAUCAGCUAGAGAAGAGAUCAUAGAGAUAGACCAGAAACAUGAACUCUCAUCACCUCAUAAUCCUCACUCUAAUAUAUUUCAUCCCUUCCAUCACUGCCCAGAUGUUCUGCAACAUGAGCGGAGAAGUAGAAGAAAUCGAACCCAAUACCAAAGCUACUUCUCCUCACAAUCCUCCUCCUAGUGGUCUAACAGCAGCAAGAAUAAGAUCCCGGCACAGUCGCCAGGCCGGGCAUCACCAUAAGAAACUAAAAGCUGUUCAUGGUGUUCUAAAUAUCAUAGGAUGGGGGAUCAUUCUACCCAUUGGAGCCAUCAUUGCAAGGUACUGCAGAAACCUACCAAUGGCAUACGGUGAAUGGUACUCACUGCACGCCUACUGUCAAAUUUCAGGAUGUUUUCUUGGGUCUAUUGGUUGGAUUUUUGGUAUGUUGCUCAGAAAUGCUCUCAAGCAUUACACCCUAAAGACACAUGGCAUUCUGGGUACCAUCAUUUUCGCAUUAGCAGCAACCCAAGUGUUGGCUACUUGCUUGAAACCGAAAGAAGAGCAUGAGUGUCACAAGUACUGGAAAGCAAGCCAUCAUGCUCUGGGUUAUGCACUGAUUGCCCUGAUAAUAGCAAAUAUAUUCCUAGGGAUUGACAAGCAAAGGCCAGCAGUGGGGUGGAAAUGGUCCUAUGUUGCAAUCCUGGGAGUUUUGGCUUUGGCUGCCCUUGCAUUGGAGACCUUAAGAUUGAUUAAACUCAUGAGUCAUCGGACAUUAAUUAAUGUCGACCUUGCAUAGAAUUGAACUUCCGUUUCUGAGUGAACUUUUCGAUCCUUUUGCUUUCUUUCCUCGCUC